AAUCAUGCAUUGACUUCAAGCCAAAAGACUCUGAGAAUCACUUCAUUUCAGUCCAGGAUACCAGAGGGUCAUGAGAAAAACUUUUUGAAAGUCUCGCAGCAUUUUUCAACCACCUUUGGUUUACCGUAUGACUACAACUCAGUGUUGCAUUACAAAGACACAUCCUUCAGCAACGGAGAGGGACCUACCAUCAUCACAAAGCAAGCGAAGUACCAGAAAGUUAUUGGACAACGCCUUGAAAUGAGCCCACAGGAUGCCUUGCUUCUGAACAAGCUUUACAGAUGCCAAAAAUCUAUUUCCUUUAUGGAACACUGCAAUUUCAACGACCAGAGAUUGUGUGGAAUGAGUCGCUGCUCAAACGGUUUGUUAGGUGGCUGGAAAAGGAUGAAGACUGUCUCCGGAGGCCCCUAUUCUGACUUUACCAACCUUGGGAGGACAGGUGGAACUGGUUUCUUUAUGCACGCCAGCACAGCGUCAGGAAAGGAGGGAGACACAGCCAGGCUGGAUAGUAGGAAGAUGACUCCCAGCAGGAAAUGCCAUGUCCAGUGUCUGCAGUUCUACUACUACCACAGUGGGCACAAAACAGACCAGCUCAACAUCUGGAUCAGAGAGUAUCGUGAUGAGAGGGACGUUAAAGGAAUUCUCCGCCUCAUGGGACAGAUCACGGGUGCUCCGGAAUCUCAUUGGAUGCCCUACCACGUGCCUCUGAAUGCCACCAAAACCUUCCAGGUGGAAUUUGAGGUGCGGAAAGGAGCAGGACAGUCUACAGGGGGGUUUUCCAUCGAUGAUAUCAACCUGUCAGAGACAGAAUGCCCUCAUCACACCUGGAAAAUUAAAGACAUGGAGAAUCUUUUAACCACCAGUCAAUACAACACUGUUUUGUACAGCCCAAGAUACUACUCCCCAAAGGGCUAUGCUUACCAGAUAGUGAUUUAUCUUCGUGAGACCGUGUUUGGACUGUAUGUGCGCUUAGUCUCAGGAAAGUUUGAUGACAAGCUCAAGUGGCCUUGCCCAUAUCACCAACUGACGAUUCAACUGUUGGACCAGAACCCCCACAUUCAGGAACGCAUGUCCAAGCAAAUCAGCAUCACCACUGAGCCCUUAGAGCCGGAUGCUGAUACCUGGAAAAAUCCUCGCAAUUUCGGAACACUCGAAAACAGGGGUGAAGAGUCAUUCUAUGUAAACAAUGCAAUUGGCUACUACAAGUUUCUAACCUUGACCCAUUUGAAGCAUAGAGAAAUUCUCAAGGGAGGCAAUGCUUUCUUCCUGAUCACAAUGAAAGAUAUCUCCGGUCUGCGUUUCACUAACUCCUUGCCCUGUCCCACAUGGUCAUCACCAAACUUCACACCAAAUCCAAAGAAUCAUAAUACAGGACCAUGUGUCACAGAGUGAGAAACAUCGGAUCAAGGACUGACAUUGCAUUGCAUUUAAUCAAUUGAAAUGUGCUUUGGUAAAUCUAGCACCUUCAAAACCUUUGUUUGUUUUCUAAAUGUUUUACUUUCACAAACUGAA